GAGGAGGAGGAGGAGGAAGAAAAAGAAGAGGAGAAAGAGGAGAUUAUCUACCGAUCGGGCGAUCGGUCGGCGGCGACGGUCGUCGUCGUCGUCGUCGUCGUCGUCGUCGGGCCGCCGAUGGCAGUGUACUAGUAAAAGUUUUAACGUCGUAACGAGCGAGAAUGCCAUGAACUCAAGCAACGACGAUGAUCGACGAGGGAGAAACACACGAACCGUUCAAGGAAAAUCAUCAUCAAUGUGGUGGUCGCCGUCGUCGUCGUCGUCCUCGCUUCUACGUUAUAUUUUGAUAAGAAUAUAAAUAUAUCUAGAGAUUUAGAGGAGAAGGUAUAAAAGAAUAGAAGACGAAGAGGAUGGACGAGAUACGGGGCUCGCCGGCACGUCGUCUCUCACAGAUCCUCGAUCCGAUCGCACGUCUAGCGACGGACUUUGGUUCGAGCUCGUCCGCACCGUGUAGCCCAAGACUCGGAGCUCGGGCACACGAGUCGACAACGAGCAACGUUGGCCAACAACAGCCGAGUACGCCCGAGGGCAUUCGAAGGCAGGCUGUCGCUUCUGAAUCGGGCCGAGGAUUAUCAAGCGGCCCUGACAGUCCGCGUUUAUGGCCUCGUCAUUUUCGUCAAGCGCCAACGCCACCGCCGAGGCCUCGUCAUCAAAGCGCGACGCCUGUCAACAACAAUAACAAUAACAACGGCGGCGGCGGCGGCGGCAGUGGCGGCGGGGGAACCGUUGUUGUUGCCGGAAGUACCGGUGGUACGAUCGUACACUCGCGUGACUCGCCCUACGUAAACGUGCCGAACUUGUUGUUUCAAAAAGAAAAGAAUUACGUGGAUUCCGGUAGGUCCGUCGGUUACGUCGAAUUGCGCGAUUCAAGCAAGAGCAAGUGUAGCCCGUACGAUUUUACCUCGGAACCGAGCGGCCACGUCGAAUAUGCCGAUAAGAGAUCGUUCGCCGCACAAACGGAUUUCGUUCAGACUACGAGCAAUCCUUACGAGGUGUCUAAGGAAUUGUCGUCGGGUCUUGCCAGAGGUAGACCCAUCUUCGAUCCGGGAUCGUCUUCGACCAGGGCUCACUUCGACAGAGCCUUCUCCUUCUCCGGCAGACAUCAACCGGUGGAUCAUCAACAACAGCAGCAACAACAGCAGCAGUCGGCAGGAAGAGCGUUCGUCGAAAACAGAUUGUUUCUCGAUCAGAGGACCGCGGCGGCUUGCGGCGCCGAUUCGAAGAAGGAAAAACUCGAAGGUAGACCUGCUUACGGAUCAUCGAAGAGUUUCGACGGCUAUUCGAGUACCGCCGAGGAACUCAAUUGGCAAGAGAGAUGUCUCGAAUUGCAACUGGAACUCCAUCGUAGCAGGAGCCAAGCUACAAGAGUACGAGAUAUGCUUCGGGAGAAGCUAUCGGAGCUCGAGCAGCGUGUCUUGGAGGCCGAGGGAAGAGCCGAUGAGGCGGAGGAUAAGGUACGGAUGAUGGAGGAGCGGCUUGUGAAGGGUGAAUACUGCCUGAGCACAUCCGGCGUUGGUUCUCCGCCUCAUUCGUUGCCGUCAACGUCCGGCACACAGAAUGACAAGCUCGAGGACGUCCACUGCGCGUGCAUCUCGAAAUUAGAGACCCAGGUCGAGGAACAGAGGCAACUAAGACUGCAAGAUGCGAGACAAGUUGAGGCGAAAGCCGCGAGAAUAAAGGAAUGGGUUACCAAUAAGCUACGGGAACUUGAACAGCAGAAUCAACAUUUGAGAGAACAGAAUAAUAAGUGCAAUCAGCAACUCGAAUUAUUGCGUAAUCACAUAACUAAUAUCGGCCUGAAACCACCAGCACCAACGAGAGCAUCAUUGUCUUUGGAAGUAGAUCCAACGUUGCGUAGACGAUCGGAAAGCCUAGAAGGGACGCCUCAGGCCGUACCGGAAAACGUUCAAAGUUCCGUAGCCGAACCUCAGACCGGCAGCAAGCACAGAAGACAUCUUUCCGCGUGCGGAACCAUACAACGUGGAAUACCAACCACUAACAUGGACUCGAGCUUACUCUCCGAGGAGUUGGCGGCAGCUGUGGAAAAUCUGGUGAUGUUACCAAAUAUACCAGGUGUUUCCGAGACAAGCAGAGACAGCGGAAGUUCCGAGGCUGUGCACGAUUACGCGGAGAUUUAUACGCCAAGUAGAGAAGGAAUGAAUUGGGGGCAGAGCACUGGACAAGGUCCCAGACCACCUACACCUCCACUCCAUAGAUUUCCCAGUUGGGAAGCUAAGAUAUAUCAGGUGGCAGACGGUGGCCUUGGUAUCGGUCCACCAACUAACGAAGAAUCGGCACCAUCCACGAUGACCAACACAACGAGCUCGUCGAAACAUUCUCAAGCUACGGGGCAUAAUUUAACGGCACAUAAUUCUCAAGGCUAUUGCGAUAUAUCGGUACCGGUAUAUGCCACUGUUAAAGGUCGUGCCAGCCAAAUCAGAUCCAUGCCGUUUGGUGACAGUUCCGACGAUAGUUCGGACGGGGAAGAACAUCCUAAUCAAACGGAAACCAAUACCAGAAUUACCAACAGCUCGUCGGAUAAUACAGAUUCCUCUCUCGGUAGUGGGAGUAGUCCAUCGAAGAGCGUUAAAACGACGAGCAGUUUGAGCCCGGCUAAAAGAAGCUCCAGUGGAUCUCCGAGCAAAAGCGUAAAACGUGACACCUCCCUUGAGUCAGGCUUGUCCGAAGAUUAUGCCAUACCUCCUGACGCGCUCAGUUCUACGUCAUUGGAAUCAAGCAUGCCCAGUCUCUUGAUGCGAGUUUCUGGAGAAAGUCCAAAGAAGCAAGAAUCUUUGGAAAAGACAGGACAUUUGGCAAAACUUGGUGGAAAAUUGAAAACUUGGCGUAAGAGAUGGUUCGUUUUAAAGAACGGAGUGCUUACUUAUUGGAAGAGUCAGAACGACGUGAAUAGAAAACCUCAGGGGCAAAUUGUAUUGGAUGAAGUUUGCAGGAUAAACAGGGCCGAAGGUGCUGCUACCUUCGAGAUAGCUACCGGUAAAAAGACCUACUAUCUUACUGCAGAUUGCAUUGCGACGAUGGAAGACUGGAUAAGAGUUCUACAGAAUGUACAAAGGCGGAACGCUACCAAAUUACUUCUCAGUAAGGAAGAUAACAAACCCACGAUACAGGGGUGGUUGACGAAAGUCAAAAAUGGCCAUGCUAAGAAGUGCUGGUGCGUUCUCAUUGGAAAAAUGUUCCUGUAUUUUAAGUGCCCUAACGACACGAAUCCUAUCGGUCAGAUAAAUAUGAGAGACGCCAGAGUGGAGGAAGUGGAACAUGUGUCAGACAGCGAUAGCGAAGAAAGAGACGCCGAGUGUCCUCACGAGAGAACUAUUGGAAUUUUUCCAACACAUCAAGGUCCUACUUAUCUCUUAAUGCCUCACAAACAGGAUAAAGACAAUUGGCUAUAUCACUUGACGGUCGUCUCUGGUGGUGGACCAAGCGCGGGAACACAGUACGAACAGCUGGUGCAAAGGUUAAUGGAGACCGACGGUGAUUCUAGCUGUGUACUUUGGAGACAUCCUCUUUUGCUUCACACGAAGGAAAAUAUUACCAGCCCUUUAACUAGUCUGACAUCCGAAGCCUUGCAAACAGAAGCUAUUAAACUUUUCAAGGCUUGUCAGCUGUUUAUGUCGGUGGCGGUAGAACAGGCAGGCAUUGAUUACCACGUGGUUCUGGCACAAAAUGCGUUACAGCAAUGCCUAGAUCAGCCUGAACUUCAAUCGGAAUUUAUAUGCGCAUUGGUAAAGCAGACAAGUCGUCACACACAACACCGUUUGGGCGUACAGGUAAAAAAGGCCGCCAGACUUGUGUCGCUGGGUACUGCGCGCGUUCAGCUCCUCCUCUGCGCCACGCAAUCGCUCUUCACCUGCGAUACGCAAAGUCCCGCGGCAAAUGGCAGCGGUGAAAAUGCGGACGCACAAUCGACGGCCUCGUCUUCUCACAGUCCUCCGCUCACGCAGGGCCAUUCAACUUCAACUAUCUUGGAUUGCAAAACUAAUCCUGCCCAGUACGUUCUUAUCCAAGGAUGGCAGCUCCUUGCCCUGGCAGUUUCUCUAUUUUUACCAAGGAACAAUCGUCUCUUGUGGUACUUGAAGUUGCAUUUGCAAAGGAAUGCUGAUAGCAAAACGGAAUGUGGCAAAUACGCAGCCUAUUGCGAAAGAGCAUUGGAAAGAACUUUACAGAACGGCGGAAGGGAAGUAAAACCAUCACGUAUGGAAGUACUUUCAAUAUUGAUGAAAAAUCCGUAUCAUCAUUCUUUGCCGCAUGCUAUACCUGUACACUUUUUAAAUGGCACUUAUCAAGUGGUCAGUUUCGAUGGCAGUACCACGAUAGAGGAAUUUAUAAAUACAUUGAAUCAAGAAAUUGGUUGUCGGGACGUACAUCAAUCUGGUUUUACAUUGUUCAGCGACGAUCCAAUAGAAAAAGAUCUCGAACAUUUUAUUGAUCUUCAAGCGAAGCUUUGUGAUAUUAUUUCGAAAUGGGAGACAGCUUUACGGGAAAAAAGAUCGGGUAAAUUCGAAAAUACAAGAGUCAUACAAUUGACGUACAAAUCACGAUGUUAUUGGCGGCAGGCAGCUAAAAUGGAAACCGAUAGGGAAAGAUUAUUAUUGUGUUAUCAAGUGAAUCAACAAGUAGUACAAGGGAAAUUCCCUUUGAAUCGUGAUCUUGCUUUUGAACUUGCAUCAUUGAUGGCGCAGAUCGACUUUGGAGAAUACAAUAAUGAUAAAGCACGUGGAAGUGGUCCUGGAAGUAACCCACAUCAUCUCGUACUUCAAGCAUUAGAUAAAUUUUUUCCAAUACGUUAUCGGUCUAACAUCACUGGUGAUCAGCUAAGAGAACUGCAGGAAAAAUUACAAGAAAAAUGGAUCGCUUUAAGAGGACGCAGCGUAUUGGAUUGUGUCCGCAUUUAUUUAACAUGUACCAGAAAGUGGCCUUUUUUCGGAGCUACACUUUAUCAAGCAAAACUGAAACAAACUGAUCCAGUAACCGUAUGGAUAGCAGUUAACGAAGAUAGUGUAACGUUACUCGAGCUACAAACAAUGGCAAUAAUGUGCCGUUAUAAUUACGCAAAUAUAGUCACUUUCGGAGGCUGUUUAGAUGAUUUCAUGCUCGUUGCUUGCCCGGACGAGGGUGCCGCCGAACAAAAACUUCUUUUCGCUCUUUCCAAACCGAAGAUAUUAGAGAUAACGCUGCUGAUAGCUGAUUACAUGAAUGCACUUGGACAUGCUUUACCUGGCACUCCACAAAUGAAUACUUUGACACGCAAUGGUUCACACAGAUCUAUAAAGUCGACUCUUAGACCUGCUACUGGUUCAAGUUGUCUUCCAACACAACCGGAUAUUUUGAAAUCAACUCCAGAUCACCAAAGACCUUAGAAAGACUGGUUGGCUUAUUUUUGAGAAUAAUGUGAAAGAAUGUGUUUAACCGACUUAUUGAAAGUUUGACAUUGUCAAGGCACUAACUUUAUAUACAAAGGUAUUACCUGCUGUAUUAUAAGAAAAGAAAAGAAAAGAAAAAAAAAAAAAAAAGAAAAAACACCGAACAAACAAAAAACAAACUUUGUGCAAAUGAUAUAUAUAUCGGAUAGCACGGAGCGAAAGCAGUGAGUGCAGCAGUUAUUUUGGUUGUGUUUUGUGUACAUUAGAAUGGAAAGCUUGUAGAUGAACUUUUAUGUAAAUAUUUAACGGCGCAUAUAGCACAGAGACCAUGUGUACCAUGUAUAUGGUGCAACAGAAUGACUGAAAUUACUCGAAUCGAUUUGUAACACUGCCUAAUUAGUAUGUCUAAUUACAUCGAAUAGUUUCAUUUUAAAGCUGAGCAUCGUGCGGAAACGUUUUGCUACCGUAUUUAUAUACCAAAUACGAAUCUCUAGUAUAAAAUACUAAAUUUAUGUGAUGUGUCACGUACUAUGUACAUAUAUAUUAAUCAGAAUUAUUGAAUGUGUUUAGAAAUUUAGUGAACAAAAAAAAGAAAAAAGAAAAAAACAAAAAAGAAAAAGAAAUACAUAGAAAUACAUAAAAAUAUAAUAUGCGAUACCCUUCUCUCUGAGAUAUGAGAGCAUGUCGAAAACAAGAAAAAAAAAAAAAAAGAAAAAAGAAAAUGUACUUCUUGCCAAACAAAGUGCAGUAAUACAACAGCUUUUGUACAAUUCGUAUAUGAAAUCAAGUUAAAAAUAGUGCGAAUUGAACUGGAUUCCUAUUGUCAGCAGCAGAGCAAAAAGAUGUUUUUGAGAUGCUAUUGAUUUGGAAAAAUUUUGACAAUUUUUCUUCCGCGUAUCGUAUUAUAUGUUAAAUGAUUAUUAAUACUGAAUGGCGAGGAUAAAGAAUAUAAAAUGAAGCUAUCAUUUUUUUAACGCUAAUCACGGACCUCGAAAAAGAUUUUUUCUACGGAAAGUAAUAUGACAAAUUUCUUAUAUAUUAUUACAUAAUUCUGAUAAUAGCUAGUCUCAUAGUUUAUAUUUAUUUAAUAUGUAAACGAAUAUUUCUUUGUUUAUAUAAAGACACGACCAAAUAGAUGUAAAGGGGAACAUAUUUUAUUUAACAUUUAGCAUCGUUCCUGCAUAAUACACGUGUGCAAAAAAAAAAAAGAUUUGAUUUUAAUUUCAUUCUCUUAUAGAAGUUUUGUACCCGCUUGACGUGUCCUACGUAACUAGUUAAUGUCUUCCUUCUCUUUAGUAACAAGCGAAUAUAUAAAGUUAAAGUAGGGCUUUCGUGCAAUAACGUACAAAACUUCUAUAAUUUGUUAUAUUAUCUGAGAUAGGCUGAAUAUGAUCGUGCCUCCCUGAGCAGAAUAGACGAAUGAAUCUAUUGCACAGCUUCGUUUGGCGCAUUAAAGAUUUAUAUAAAUUAUUCGAGAUCCUCAGAAUACUGGAAACAGUACAAAGAUAUGCAAGAACGACACUUUGUCCUUAAUUUUUAUAAUACGCAAACUAAAUACUAUUGUGUAGGUGCUUAGCACCUUUGUAUCAUGACGCAGUGAAAUCAUUCAUUCUGUAAAUAUCAUAUACUAGAUUUAAGUUUUUAAAUGUAGUAGAAUCGAUACAGAGACAGCCAGUAAAUAACAAUUGUCAUGGAAAAAAGAAAAACGGAAAAAAAAAAUGCCUCUUUAUGUCAGGAGGCUGUCUAUAGUAUUCUACUAAAGCCUACCAUCUUACAUUUAUAUUUAUUAUUUAUUCGCAUCAAGUGGCGCAUAAAGGCAUGAGCGGUGACAAGCAGGAGACAUUGUACUAUUGUACAGAAAAGCAAAUAAACUGCUUGAAUCUGCG